CAAAGUCGUUAUCAACACUUCUAAAGUUGAUGAUUGACUUUGAUGUAAAAUGGCCUGCUCCAGUUCGUUGAGCAGGAUAGAAUGUCCGCUAGCAUAUUUCCAUGGGCAGCGGACAAACAAAAACCACAGAAUAUCGAUGGAAAGGGCGAGUUUUAGAGGUCACUCGGUCUCCUUGUGCGUUAAAACACUGGAUUUGAUGCAGGACGCGCCGUCAAAACCCAGCAGAACAACACUGCAUGCUCCUUGAUGGAUUUUCGCAAUUUAUCUACCAACCCCUUUCCCAUCUCUUACAACCACGGAUAUUUUGCAGCUGUGCUCUCAAGGCUGCAGCUAUGACCACUUCUUCACCUCUACGAAGAUCUACCCGACUUGUAGUGCAGCAAGUAACAACCAAGACGAUGCAGUCUGUGGCCCCGGAGACAGCAGAGGUUAAAGGUGAACGACGACGAGUUGCAUCAAAGGCAGUGUCCUACAAAAUUGAGGAAGUAGACGACGUGGAAGAAAGAACUGGUGCCCCCGAGACCGGCACCGAGCAAAAGAGAUGGCCAAAGCAGGAGAACAACAAAAAUGGGCAGGAAGACAAGCCAUUGAAGCGGCGAAGGAAGAGGGCGGAGGCGGUAGAUGCUAUAGAUGGCGAUGAGGUGAAAAUGCCAGAUGAUGAUCUAAAGACGAAGCGUCAAAAGCACCGAAACAAGGGUAUCAGUGAUGACAAAGAUAUGGUAGCAUCAGGUGAACCAACGGAAGCAGAGAAGGAGAAACCAGCGAAACGCCGAGUCACAAAAGCAAAGAGUACGGCAAAUGAAGAGGAUGAGAAAAGCAUCAAAAAGCCCAAAAAGCCAAAGGUGGAAAAGACCAUUGAAAUUCCUGACAUGGAUACCGAAUAUAUGUGGGCCCGUGCCAAAGCAUGCAAAAAGUACGUCGGUGCGCAUGUGAGUGCCGCCGGUGGAAGUCAUAAUGCGGUUAUCACCAGUACCAAAAUAGGUGGUACAUGUUUUGCGCUCUUUGUCAAAAACCAACGCAGAUGGGAAUCCCCACCAACUCCUGGCUCACAAGUGGAAGCGUUCGCCAAAGCUUGCCCUCUGGCUGGCUUCUGUCCCAAGACACAUGUCCUACCACAUGGGUCUUAUUUAGUUAAUCUGGCGAACUAUGAGGAUGAAAGGGCCACGCAAGCUUUCAAUGGCUUUGUGGACGAAUUGAAACGAUGCGAAGAGCUUGGGAUCGGAUUAUACAACUUCCAGUUGAGUAUCGUUGAGGCAGUACAUGAACAGCAUCUGAGCAUGCGCGGGACUAUAUUCUUAAUCGCCCUUUCAGGUUACGAUAUCAGGACCCAAGAGACGUAUAAUGCGACACUCACCAGCUUUGACCGCAUCGUUGGGCUCAAAUAUCUGCGCGCGAUGCAUAUAAAUGACAGUAAAUGCCCACUUGGAUCCAAGAAAGAUCGCCACGAGAACCUUGGAAAGGGGGAAAUUGGGCUGGAGGCGUUCAGGUGCAUCAUGAAUGAUGAGAGAAUGAACGGAAUUCCGCUUGUGCUUGAGACGCCUGAGCGGGACGGUGACAUGGGUUAUAAGGAGGAAAUCGAUAUUCUGUAUGGAUUAGUUGAGAGUAAAUGA